CGUGCAUGGAGCUGUGGCGGCGUGCUGCGCCAACAACAGCGCCCCCUCGUCCGGACGCUCGGUGCUAUGGACGUGCGGACCCGGAGCCCAGCAGCGCGCUGCGGCUUCCUCCAUGGCGGAGUGAGAGAGGAUGAGACUCCCCAGCUCCAUCUUUGUGUCGGUGUCUCUGUUCACGGCCGAGACCACGGCGGCUCUGUACCUGAGCUCCACGUACCGCUCAGCCGGUGACCAGAUCUGGCAGGCGCUGACGCUGCUCUUCACGCUGGUUCCGUCCGUGCUGGUGCAGCUGACUCUCACCUUCAUUCACCGGGACCUUAGCCGGGACAGACCGCUGGUGCUGCUGCUGCACAUCCUGCAGCUCGGACCCAUCGUCAGGUGCCUGGAGGCGUUCUGUAUCUAUGGCAGUGUGGGCCGCGUGGAGGAGCCUUAUGUCAGCAUCACCAGGAAGAAGCAGAUGCCUCGAGUGGGUCAAUCGGAGGAGGUGGAGCGACAGGUGGGGCAGGCGGAGGGGAAACUGUUCACACACCGAGCAGCGUUCGCCCGCACCUCGGUCAUUCAGGCCUUUCUGGGUUCUGCCCCCCAGCUCACCCUGCAGCUCUACAUCUGUGUCCUGCAGAGGGGCGUGUCCAUCGGCAGAGGCACACUAAUGGUGAUCUCCCUGCUGUCCAUCGUGUACGGGGCGCUGCGCUGCAACAUCCUGGCCAUCAAGAUCAAAUACGAUGACUACGAGGUGGACGUCAGGCCCAGGGCUUAUCUCUGCAUUUUCCUGUGGCGCAGCUUUGAGAUCGCCACACGUGUCGUCGUCCUGGUUCUCUUCAGCUCCGUGCUGCAGCUCUGGGUCCUGCCGGUGGUUCUGCUGAACUUCCUGGUCUUCUUUCUUUACCCGUGGGUCCUGUUCUGGCACAGCCACUCGCCGUUCCCGGAGAACAUAGAAAAAACGCUCACCAGGGUGGGAACCACCAUCGUGCUGUGCCUGCUCACCUUCCUGUAUGCCGGCAUCAACAUGUUCUGCUGGUCGGCAGUCCAGGUCAAACUCAGCGACCCCGACCUGAUCAAUAAGUCCCAGAACUGGUACCGCAUGGCGGUGUACUACAUGCUGCGUUUUGUGGAGAAUGCCUCUCUGCUCUUGCUGUGGUACGUCUACAGGACGGAUUUCUACGAGUUCAUUUGUGCACCGCUGCUGGUGCUGCAGCUGCUGGUGGCCUACGCCAUCGCCAUUUUCUUCAUGCUGGUCUUCUACCAGUUUUUCCACCCGUGCCGGCGGCUCUUCUCCUCCAGCAUGAGCCAGGGGCUUUGGGAUUGCCCCGGUCUUCUCUGCAUGAUGUGCAACGCAUCACCACAGGACAGGCCAAUGGUAAAAGCCACCGCGGAGCCGCCAAGCCCCGACGAUUACAAAGAGCCAGUCGAUGACGGAGCCCAUGACACAGCCAGUGACGACACUAGCGAGUUAGCCAAUGACACGACGUAUGACAUGGUCAACGACACAGUCUUCAACGUUACCAAUGAAAUUGGUGAUAAUGUAGUCGGUGGAUUAAAUGGUGACGUUAGCCGCACGGUUUCACUUAAACCGGCGGUUUGACGUGGCGAUCGGACUGAUUGUCCAGAGAAAGUCUGGCAGGAACUUUUCUCUCUGUAACCUUUGAUCCUUCUGUGCCAUCGCUUAAGUUUACAUCGAAAAGUGCGCUGA